CUCACUCCCAGUUUCCACCAGGUCACAUGCUUCUUCUUCCUGAUGGUAAAGAUUACACGAUGGCUUUCAAAAAUGGGGCACAAUUUACCAACAUCACGUACCAGUCAACUUACUACUCAUUCAGUCCACAGCAUUACUUGUAUGUCACUAUGAUAUUGAGGCAAACACCUGAUGUAAUUGCAGUUAACGGAGUAAAGACUGAUGUUAAUGGAUCGUCCCCUCUUACCAAUAAGAGUCCACAUGGUUCUUCUUACUUUAACCCCAACACACGGGGUUUUAGUAUUAAGGUCGCCGGACAAGCGUCAUCCAGGAAAAGGAGGGCGAUCACUGAGGCAGAAGCAAACGCUCAAGUUGAUAGACCGAUUAGUCCAAAUAUUUAUAGAUGUUACUACGAGGGAUGUAUACCUCCGCCCGAUCCGGAAAAUGUUCCACCAAUCAGAGAUCAGCCAGCUGUCACUCAAAUGUGGUCACAAAACACAUCGUGCAUGAAAUGGACGGAUGAUAAAAAUGUGGUGAUUCUACACACUGUUACUAUUAAUGGAGUUAAGGCCAUAUGUUGGGUAUUAUUUGAUCUUUUCACUCUUGAUGUUGAAUCAAUAACUGUCCAAGGAGUUCUGGAAUUUGUUCAGUCAUCAAACAUUACCGUGGAAAAGCUACUGAUCUUGGGAGGUCGUGUUAUUGCUGGGUAUUCACCUACAGAACCCUACAUCAAUGAACUUGUCAUAAACUUGCGAGGAAACCAUUCAUCUCUUGGAACAAUCUACCCAGGAAUAUCAGUUGGAACCAAAGCCAUUGGGUGUUUUGGAGGACUUGACUUGCAUGGGAAGAAACACAAUGUGUUGAGGAGCGACCUUGCAUCAACUGCUAACAUUGGAGCUCAAUCGAUCACAUUACGUGAUGCUGUGGAUUGGGUUGUAGGGGAAGAGAUCGUGAUCACAACAACAGGUUACAGAUCAAAUGAGACAGAGAAGAAGACAAUAAUCUCUGUAUCAGAAGACAAGAAGACAAUCGGACUUAACAGUGCAUUGGAGUAUCGGCAUAUGGGCGAGACAUACUCAGUGAAUGGUUUUCGCUUUGAUAUGAGAGCCGAAGUGGCUUUGCUGACACAUAACAUUAAGAUUGUUGGCGAAUGGUAUGAUAUGAUUGACAAGGAAGCAUUUGGUGCAAGGCUAUUGGUUGGGAGCAUCAGAAGUAGCUCUGGUGACCGAAUGACAGGUUGGGCUAGAAUCAGCAACGUUGAGUUCAUUAGAGCUGGUCAGGAGGGUUGGACAGAACCAUACGAUCCCAGGUUUGGCGUGGCGUUUGUGAGAACUGGAACAGUUUCUGCCAGCCGUCCGUCUUAUGUGCAGAAUUCUGCAUUCCAUGAUUCCUAUUCAACCGCCAUUGGGAUCUUUGGAGCAAGUGGAAUUAACAUAACUGGAAAUGUCGUUCACAGAGCAAUUCAUGACGGUAUCAGAAUCACUGGAAGUAAACAUAGAGUUAUUGGAAACUUGGUGACUGUUACACUCUUCAGGGGAUCAUAUGGUGAUCGGUUCGAUAAGGAUAACUUCAUGGAUUGGCAAGCUGCCUUCCAACUUUCCGAAGCUACCAACGUGGUUGUAAUGAACAACACAGCUGCGGGAUCGGAACGUAUUGGUUUCCGUGUAGAUGGAGAAUCUUGUAAUGCUGGAGAUGAAAAUGCAUGGAUGGGCAACGUGGCACAUGGCUGUCUUCAUGGCAUUCAGAUAUUUACAUCUGAUGGUAUCUCCCCGUGCUCAAUGCUUCGUAACUUUGUGGUUUACAAGUCGUGGGAUUUUGGUAUUUACCAUCAAACGCAGACAAGUGUUAUCGUCAAGGAUACAAUUAUUGCCGACUCAACGAUUGGUUUUGCUCCUGUCCUAUUUGGACCGCCCGCAUUGUCGCAUACAUAUAUUAACAAGUUCUCUAAGUUGGAUAAUGUUCUGUGUAUUGCUCGAAGUAAUCAUUUUGAUCCAAGUCAGGAUUUUAUGAAUGAAUCAACCGACAAAAAUCUUCGCAUCAGAAACUUUGGCCCACAACGAUCAGCACCACGAAACCCACAUGGAGGGAAGACAUGUAUUCUCCUGCCUCUGUUCCAAAGUGGAGCCACUGGGUCUCCAUUCAAACCAUUCAUUGCAAACAAGAACUACCCAAUGUUGCACGGCUUGCUUAAUAUCACAAAGUUCACCGCAAACAACGUCAAGUUGCAAUCAGACGGGACCAGAGAUCUUGUUUUCUGGACAAACCCCUCAAAUGAAGAUGCUGUUCAUCCAACCAUUCUCUCACAAACCUCUCUUGUAAAUGUGGAAGAGGAGAGCAAAGUCUUCAUUGAUCGGCCAAGUCUUAGUAAGAUCAACCCAGCUGAUUGUGUGGACAUGGAAUGUGAUGCCAAGAAGAAAGUUCUCAUUAAAGAUAUGGAUGGUGGUUUCCUUACAGCUCCUGGUGCAAUUAUUCCACAAGCUGAGUUUGCAUGGGACGAUAACAACCGACGUUCACGAGGACUGGGAGACUACAGAAUCCCGAAGCCGAUGUUGACCGGAAUUGAAGGGACCAGGAUUCCUGUGUCUUCCAUUGCUGACCAGAGAGGUAUCAUAAGAAACAGUGCCUGCACCUACAAACCAGCUUGGCAAGCAUAUGACUGCCAUGGCGAUGGAGUCCUUGAUUACCAGAUGUUGGUUAUUGAGAGUUUGGAUGGUGAUACUGAAACAAGGAGGUUAUCACCUCUCGCACUUACUGGUGGCCGAACUAUUGAUCUUAACAAUGGUCCACAAGAUCAUGGGUGGUGCUCCGGCUACACCUGUCAGAAGAGAAUCUCUACUUUCUAUGUCAUUGUAACAAGCGGAACCCACUUCGACGUUUUCUUUACUGGUUAUGCUCCAAGGAGAAUGAAGCUUCAUCUUCUUAACGUUGCGAAUGAUAAGACUGUCCGCGUUGCCAUCUGGUUUCCAAGACCUGAGAGACUUGACGUUUACCAAGCAGAGAAAGAUCUUUACAUCUUCCCACAGAAUUCUUUUUAUGACACAACAAGAGACCUCUGGAACACAAGACACCCAGCCACGAGCACUCCGGAUCAAUACAAACCACCUAUUGAUUCAGGUGUAAAUGGAGCAAACUAUAUUGACCUGAAGACCCGUCUCCUCUACAUUACAAUUAGAGGACCAGAACCUGUUAAGAUUGUCACGGUACCAAUGAUCCAGAUCGCUAUCGGGUUCCCUGCUAUUUCUAUUGACGAUUUCUUUGGGGAAAACCUUGUCCAGAAUCUCGCUGUAUACCUUGGUGUUCCAUCAUACAAGAUACGGGUGGUAAACGUUGUGAGAGAAACUUCUAGAAGAAAGCGAGAUCUCAGAUUGAGACGUAGCACAGAAGUAGUGACGUACAACAUCGAGUAUGGAGAUGAAAUCGUUAACGGAACCGGAUCUAACGUAACUUCAAACUCUUCACUUGCCGCUGAGUUCCUCAACCAAGGCGUAACUAAGAUGCUUGUUGAUUACCAAACGGGGAAAUUGUGGCAAAUUCUUAACGUUACUGAAGGAAUAUCUCUCUCGUCCACACAAGCAGCAACUAACCUAACUACAAGUGCAGAUUACGAGACUUACCUAAUUGAACACAAGAUCCCAACCUCAAUGAGCAUUGCAUUCCUACCUUCAACUGCUGAGGAAUAUCUUGUCUUCCCAACACAACCUGUUGUUACCAUGCUUGAUAGCGAGGGCAUUCCGGUUACAACACUUGGAGGCAUCUGGUCAGUUAGUGUUGCUCUUGAUACAACUAAUGGAGACAACAGAGCUACCUUGAUGGGAACAACAACUGCAACUUUCAACAAAAAUGGCACAGCAACCUUUACUGACCUGAUGAUAACUCACUCAGGAAAUGGAUAUGUUCUCAGAUUCAAUAUCUCGCAACCCAUUGGUGUCAACAUACAAGCGAGCCCCAGCAUAACAAUCACACAACGAACUGUGAACGUCAGAUUCACUUCUGGUGUUGGUUCAUUGUUUAAUCACAAUGACGAUGCUUUGAUGACAAUGCAAUUACAAAACAAUGCUGGUGAACCCCUUCCAAUGGUUGGGUACAAGGGCCAUACAUGGAAAGCCACUGUCUCAUUUGAUGACCCCAGCCUUUAUAAAGGAGCCCAGCUCAGUGGAAUCACAACAUUCACAUUCGACCCAUCAACUGGAAGUGUUUCAACCGCCGGCCUCAAGAUAUUGAACACACUAAGUUAUCAUAAAUACAACCUUCUCUUCACUGUGACAACUGAACCUGCACUUUACAACAUAUUUGCUCAAGCUGAACCUAUUCAGUUCAAAUCAUCAACUGAUACUCUCCAUCUUUCCACCACAGUCAUACGCAAAGCUUCACUUGAAUUGGACGGACAGAGUUUCCUGCAUAAAGCCAGAUCCAGCGUGCCACGAUUUACAACAUUCACAACCUACAUGCACAAUGCUAUGGUCACUCAAUUACCAACAGUCCUGAUCAGUGGACUUACUGCAACUGUUAACACAGAGGGCAACACAGUUGUUGAGUUUACCAUCAAUGCAUACAAUGACAGCAUUGCUGAUGAAGCAGUGCUAACUUUGAUAAGCAAAACCAGUGAUCUUGGACUCACAUUUAAUGGUCAUCAACUUACUGUGGUUGACCCCGCUUGUGCUGUGAAGAUUGAUGAUAUCUGCUCAGCUCAAACCAACAACAUUGUUGUGGAUUCAGUACCAGGAGUUUGGAUUAUAAUUGUUGCAUGUGUAGCAGUGGCAGUGGUGCUUGCUGUUGGAUUCAUUGGAUUCUCUUGUUACAUGAAACGAGCACACCGUGGUAAAGUCGCUUCAGGAGUUUGCAUGAAUUCUUCUCACAGCUCACUUGGAUCCAGUGCUUUCAUAACAGGGUCAUCAGAGAAAAGCACCCCAGCACCACCUGCAGCUCCUGUCAACUUUUAAAGGAGUUUCAUCAACCACAGAAAAAAAAACAGACUGAAAUAUUUUUUUGCGAUUCAUUAUUUUUGUUCCUUUUAUAAAAAAGUUUUUCUAUGUUUUACCCAUACCUUCUAUGAAACUGUGAUCAUUGAUUAAGAUUCAAUUAAUACUCUCAUUAAGUUUAAAGUCUAUCAAGUUAUUGAUCAACCAAACACUGUGCAUUUAGUUCACUGUGCAUUUAGUUUUCUGUGCAUUUAGUUUCCUGUAUGAGUCAAGUGCCAUGUAUGUAGUAAUAAAUAUUUGUUGUGUGAAAA